GCGAGUGUCCAACUUUGUGCUGCAUUUCUGAUCCCGAGCGGAGAAAAUGGAGGCUUAUUUCAUCACGUCCAGCCCGCCGCUUCGCCUCCUCUGAGCCUCGACGCGCACCCGGACUGUCCGGAGCGGACUUCUGGAGGGACGGACCCCCCCACCCCCCACACCCCCUCCGAGCUCCGCUUAUUCUCGCUACUUCUCUCACAUGGCGCAGAUUGGCAUCGUCAUGGUUUGGCUCCGCCGUGCCCUCGUGACCCGCCGCAUUUCCUGGAAUAAGCUGGAACCCGAGCCCUGAAACGCCGCGCCAUGGCACGCCUGUAGUAUCCCACCUCACCGUCCUCCAGCCCGCCGGCGUCCGCGGGCGUCACACACACACACAGUGAGACACACAGCAGGAGGAGGAUCCCCAACCCGUGCCGCCGCCGCCGCCGCUGCUGCUGCCGGCUCUUUAUCAGUUUAGGCCCGACAGCUUGAAAGGAAUCAUUUGAAGAGUGAAACAAAGUGAGCGGCAGCUUGUGCGUGUGUGCGUGUGCGUGUGUGUGUUUCCCUUUAGAGUAGGUCAGUGGCCUUGGCACUCGGGCCAUGAGGCCCAAGACUUUCCCCGCCGCCCCAUAUGUGGGCAACACCCGGCAGCGGCUCCAGGAGAUCAAAGAGGGCCUGAAGCAGCCGGCCAAGCUGGUGAGCCAGGCGCUGCACGGCGGCGGCUCCCGCGGCGAGGGCAGCCGGCCGGCCGACUGCAAGGGCGGCAAGGACGCGGCCGGCCGCCAGCAGCAGCUCCGGCCGCCGCAGAAGUUCAACAACUACCAGAGCGCGCUGCGGGAGAUCCGCAAGUCCCUCAUGCCCUUCGCCAACGAGUCGGGCCCGUCCUCCGGCUCGGCGCACCCGGCGGGCGCCGGCGAGGUGAACCGGCAGAUGCUGCAGGAGCUGGUGAACGCCGGCUGCGACCAGGAAAUGGCGGUGCGUGCGCUGAAGCAAACCGGCAGCCGGAACAUCGAAGCGGCCUUGGAGUACAUCAGUAAGAUGAGUUACCUUGACCCUCGCAACGAACUCAUCGUCCGCGUCAUUAAACAGACCUCACCAGGAAAAGCCGGCAUGCCGCCCGCGAUGGACCACCGGCCAGCACUGGAGGCGUCGGGCGAGGCCGGCGCCAUGCCUCCGUACCAUCAGAUGGGAGCGCCCAUGUAUGAGGGGGCGGCGGGGUACGGGCCAGAGGGAGAGAUGCCCCGCCCCUACAUGACGGCCCCCCCUGUCAUGAACUACAUGAUGCCCCCAUCGGGUGCCGCGCAGGGCCCCGCGAUGGGAAACCCCAUGGGCCGGCCUCCGAGCAUGGGCACAUACCCGGCAGUGAUGGCCGCCCAGACCAACCCAGGGAGCACCAUGUACCCCCCCGGGGCCCAGCAGAAGGGCUACCCGGGCGGCAUGGAGCAGCACGGCCCCAUGAUGGGCUACAGCGUCCCCGGCCAGCCUCUGCAGCUCCAGCCGCAGCCUCCAGGGGGCCCCGUUCCGGGUCCGCACUACGACUACGGCCACGCCCGGCCGCACAUGAUGGAGCCGGCGGGCUACGGAGUGAAGAGGACCCCCUCUUUUCAGAACAAGAUGCCAGCGCCGCCCAUGGCGCCCCCAGACAACUACGUCAACAUGCAGGGGAAGAACGGGCCGGGCGGAGCGGGCGGAGGGUACCCCGCUAACUUAUACCUCCCUCCUCAUUCCCACCCCAGACAGGCCAGCCCCACCUCGCACCAGGUCCACAUGAUGUCCCGCUCCCCCGGCGGGGUGGCGGCCAUGGGUCCCGACUUCUCAGACCUUCCCCAGGGCUUGAUGACUCCCUCCAGGGCCAGCCUCAACCUGGACCUGUACGAGCACCACUGGGCAGGGCCUCCGGGCCCCGAAGGAGCCCCUCCGGCAAGGCAGCCCCAGCCCCAGGGCCCCUUCCGAGGGGAGGUGCGCGUCCCCAGCAGGACGAACUCCUUCAACAGUCGCUCUGCGGGUCCCAGCGGCGUUCGGCCCCAGAUGACCACACCUCCUGCGGCUGGGAAGCAAGACCCCUCCCUGGGUCCCCCGAACACCAUCACGGCCGUGACCUCUCCGCCCAUCCAGCAGCCAGUCAAAAGUAUCCGCGUGAUGAGGCCAGAGCCCAAGACGGCGGUGGGGCCGUGCCACCCCGGGUGGAUGACGGCUCAGUCCCCGGACGCCGCCGAGCAGCUGGCCUACAUGUCAGAGGAGGCGUACUCUCUGGAGCCGGCUCAGGAGCCGCGCUGCCCGCCGCCGCCGUACCCCAAGAACCUGCUCGUGUCUGGGACCGCCGCGGAGCCGGGAGCCCUGGAGGGGGGCGGAGCUCAGGAGCUCAGCGGCCAGGCUGCCAGGAGCGCACACGGCGGCAGCGGAGGCAGCGGGAAGGGCGAGGACGGCCAGCAGGUGAAGGAGAAGACCAAGGCGGGGAAGGCAGAGAAGACGGUGAAAGACAAGAAGCAGAUCCAGACGUCUCCCGUUCCCCUGAGGAAGAACGGCCGGGACGAGGAGAAGAGGGAGUCGCGCAUCAAGACGUACUCGCCUUUCGCCUUCAAGUUCUACAUGGAGCAGCACAUCGAGAACGUCAUGAAGACCUAUCAGCAGAAGCUCAACCGCAGGCUUCAGCUGGAGCAAGAGAUGUCCAAGGCCGGCCUGUCGGAGGCGGAGCAGGAGCAGAUGAGGAAGAUGCUCAACCAGAAGGAGUCCAACUACAACAGGCUGCGCCGCGCCAAAAUGGACAAGUCCAUGUUCGUCAAGAUCAAGACGCUGGGCAUCGGCGCCUUCGGUGAAGUGUGCCUCACGCGCAAAGUCGACACUGGGGCGCUUUAUGCCAUGAAGACGCUGCGCAAGAAGGAUGUCCUCAAUCGCAACCAGGUGGCCCAUGUGAAAGCAGAGCGAGACAUCCUGGCAGAGGCAGACAACGAGUGGGUGGUGCGUCUCUACUACUCCUUCCAGGACCGGGACAGCCUGUACUUCGUCAUGGACUACAUCCCCGGGGGAGACAUGAUGAGCCUGCUCAUCCGAAUGGGCGUCUUCCCCGAGCCGCUGGCUCGCUUCUACGUGGCGGAGCUGACGCUGGCCAUCGAGAGCGUCCACAAGAUGGGCUUCAUCCACCGCGACAUCAAGCCGGACAACAUCCUCAUCGACCUGGACGGACACAUCAAGCUGACGGACUUCGGCCUGUGCACGGGUUUCCGCUGGACGCACAACUCCAAAUACUACCAGAAAGGGAGCCACGUCAGACAGGACAGCAUGGAGCCCAGUGACUUCUGGGACGACGUGUCCAACUGUCGCUGUGGCGACCGGCUGAUGACCCUGGAGCAGCGCGCCAACCGGCAGCACCAGCGCUGCCUGGCUCACUCCCUGGUCGGGACGCCCAACUACAUCGCACCCGAGGUUCUGCUGCGCAAAGGCUACACUCAGCUGUGUGACUGGUGGAGUGUGGGAGUGAUCCUGUUUGAGAUGCUGGUUGGCCAGCCGCCCUUCCUGGCCGCCACGCCCACCGAGACUCAGAUCAAGGUCAUUAACUGGGAGAGCACUCUGCAGGUGCCCGCCCAGGUCAAGCUGAGCCCGGAGUCCGUGGAUAUCAUCGGCCGCCUGUGCUGCUCCGCCGAGGACCGCCUGGGCGCCAACGGCGCCGGCGAGAUCAAGGCCCACCCCUUCUUCGCACAGGUGGACUUCUCCAGCAACCUGCGGCAGCAGCCGGCCCCCUACCGGCCCAAGAUCGCCCACCCCAUGGACACGUCCAACUUCGACCCGGUGGAGGAGGAGGGCGGCCCGGGGGCGUGGAGCGACAGCGGGGACAGCACGCGGGCGCUCGACGCCCUCUGCUCGCCGCACGGGAAGCACCCGGAGCACGCCUUCUACGAGUUCACCUUCCGCAGGUUCUUCGACGACAACGGCUGCCCCUUCCGCUACCCCAAACCCCCGGAGGCCGGCGAGGGGCUGCCGAGCAUCGCCGGGGCCGCCGGCGGGGGCCCGGAGGAGGAGGACCCGGAGGAGGAGGAGGACGAGGAUGAAGAGGAGGAGGAGGAUGAGGAGGGAGAGCAGGGGGAGGGGUGUGAGCCGGUGUACGUCUAGAGCUCCCUGCUGACACUCAGCUCAGCUCACCCCGCUGCUCACCCUGCUCCGUCAGCCUCUGGGAGGACAGGUGUGUGUGUGUGUGUGUGUGCGCGCGUGUGCUGCGCAGGUGUGGCUCUGUACAGUGUGACAGUGGAGCUGCAGGAGCCGGAUGGAGGAACAUCGCCACCUUGUGGAAACUCGAUGCAUUGACAAAGACUGAAAAUCCAAACCUUCACCAAUGAUCCGGGACCAAGAGAGCCGGACUGCUCCUCCUGCAUGGAUCACAGACAGAGCGUCACAUUUCAGGGGUUCCUCUGGUUCCUCCGCUUGGUUCUCGUCCCAUUCCUUCCAACCUGUGGUGUCACGGACGUCUGGAACACCACAGCCUGGCACACCUGGCUCAGCCCGGGCUGCUUCACACGGAACUGCUUUACUCCGUCUGAUAAGCUACACACACACACGCCUGCACGUCCACACUCUCACACACAGCCACGGGGUGAAGAGGGCGCUAAGCGAGCAAGCAGGUCCGUCAGACGUCAGCUCAGAGAGGGACAGAGGAGCCGCUGCACGCUUAGGGUGAACAUCCACACCUGCCUUCUGGCUCCAGGUGGAUCAGCUCCAGGUCUGAGCAUCGCGUUUGAAACGGCCAACUGCUUCUUUCUAGACUGAACCUCAGGAGUAUUAAUCAAGACCAAAUUCACUGAAGCAGAAGUGUCACUUUAAUCUGAGCACAGAGUGAGUUUCCUCUCCUGAAUGAUUCCUCUUGUUGACCAGGAAGCAUCAGCGUGUCGGUGUGAUCGCUGCCCAGCAGCAGGAGACCUGGUCCAGUCUGGACAGGGCAGAGGAACAUGAGGAGGAUCAGCACUGACCUGAAUCCAGAGGCUCAGAUGCUCCAACACACACACACACACACACACACACACACACACACACACGCACACACACACACUAAGGUGCACAGUUGUACAGCUAGUUUGCAAAGAUGUGUUGUACCUGAACCCGUCUCCUGAUCUGAAUCAAAGCAUGGAGUCCUUCCCGCAGCCAAACAUGUGAGAGUAUGACUAUGUGCAAUACAAAUAAAAUACAUUAUAUAUAGUUUUUUAAACACUUAAUAUCCUUUUGAAAGUUUAGUUCCAAAAUGUACAAAUAUAUUGGUUUAUAUAUAUUUUUUUCUUCUUCUCUCUACUCAGUUACAACAUGCUGCUUAUUAUUGUGGUUAUAAUAUUAUUUACUUUAUUAUAAUAACUGUAAUAAUUACAUGAGUUUUUCUUUUUCUUUUUUUUUUCUUUUUGCUCAAAGAAGUGUUGACUUUAGUGUGUUUGGGUUUUGAAAGUACCGAGCUGUGUGCCUUUUCUAACUGAAUGUUGGAGUGUGAGGAGGAGGAGGAGAUGGAGAUGAUGGUGUGUGUUUGGCUGGUUAACCCCCCCCCACUGUGCAGCCAGGCUGGUCCUGAGUGCAGGAGGAGGGGGUCAGGGUUUUGGUGGGACAGAGGUGUUUGAGGAUGAAGAGAGGUGAGGAAGGUCGGCUUCAGGAGACAGAAGGAAAAGCUUUCCCAGUCUGGCUGAAUGUUCAGCUCCAGACCUGCUCUCAUCCAGAACCUUGCAGCAACCUGACAAUCAGCUGACAGCAGGAUCUCCUGGUCCUUCAGUAACCGUUUGAGCAGUGUUCUCCACGGCCGAUGAGGCUGUAACUCAACCUUUAUCAGAUUUAUCACAGGAAGUUUGUUUUUGCUUGACAAUUAUCUUUUUUUUUUUUUUUUUUUUUUAAUUAAUUGUAAAUGUGCCUUUUGUAUCGAGCAGCACAAUCCUAAAGACUUCCUCCUGUGUUUUCCCACUGGCCUCCGUCUUGGUGCGGGGAAGGUGACAGAGCGGCCCGCGUUUCCAUGCAGGCGGUGACGGUUCCAGUCUGAGUCCAGUCAGACGGCGUUCCUCGCUCUUCCAGACGGUUCUCCGUUGCUCCGGGUCAGGUCAGGAAAGGGAAACGGGGUUGUUGCCACUGUUUUCACAUUGCAACUCAGGUCUUGUUUAAAAUUGUGGUUCCUGAGUGGAGAGGAUCGGUCACGCGUUUCACACUGACGGCGUGGAAACCAUGCGGAAGAAGGUUGCUUGUGUUUUAGUGGCGGUUUGAACCACUGCGUGGAAAUCCAGCCCGUGCUUUGUGUUGAAGCCUCAUCAUUCAGAUCAGUACCUGGGCGGCAAAACCAUCCAGGAAUUAAUUAACCUGCACCGCUUCCAGCUGGAUUCGUCCCGCAGCAGGGACUCCCGUGGUGAACGAGGAAGCCUCUGAUGGAUCAGGCUGUGGAACCGGGCCGUGUUGCUCUGUCACUUCUCUCUCCGGUCUUCCUGUCGAGACGUCGCAGCCUCUGUUUGACAGGACGGCGUCUUCAGUGGAGAAAACAAGCUUUAUUGGGAGUGUGUGUGUGUGUGUGUGUGUGAGGCCUUCCCUCGGUGUGUUUUUGGUGUCGGUGAGGUUUGAGAGUGACGACUGACAAUCUUUGACUGACUCUGAUGUGAUUUGUGUUCGUGACUGGCGUGCGUUUCCUUUUGCAUUUUGUAUUUUUACUCUGAGGAGUCUCCGCUCGUCUCUGGUGCUCCUUCAUGUACAACUCUGUUACUCUUGAAUUUAUAUUUAUACAGAUAUUCAUAUUUUUUGUAUCUUUUUACCCUUUUCCCCCCAAAUUUCCUUUGUGCUAAUGUUAAAGAUCCAUGUCUACGCAGUAUUAUCGAUGGUGUAAUUUGGACAGCUAUCUCUUUUUUUUUACAUUUAUGUAUGAACUGAAAAGAAAAACAUGCUUUUACUGUCCUUGUGUGUAAAAUGUAUGUAUAAAUUAAAUUAACCAACUUGA